GGAAACUGAUCACUGCAGGCAAACCAGUGUUGGAUAAUUCUGCUCCCUCUCUCUCCCUCCGUCUCUCUCUCUCUCUUCCGGGUGAUGCUGCUCUGACCAGAAACCGCCAGAAAAUCACAAACAGCCCACCAUCCCCAGCUGCUGCUGCUGCCUCUUUGGCUCUCUCACACAUUCACCCGCUUGCACUCCAUUUAAUUACAAACACCCACUCUUGCUUUGCACUUGCAGGAGGAUCCAGAAGAGGCUGCAGCAGGAAUGUGAUCGAGGAACGUCAUCGCAGCGUGUCUUCCCCCCGAGCUCAGAACUUGAGAUCUGCAGCAGGGAAUGCUGACCAGCCGGAGAAAACUGGACUGAUCACAAUGACGAGCCAGGACAAAUGGAUCACACUGACCCCAUCUGAAUUUGCCCUGUUGCAGGAAUACACACAGUAUUCAACAAAAAAGCUGAAAGAUGUGCUGCAAGAGUUCCAUGGAAAUGGUGUUUUGGCUAAAUAUAAUCCAGAAGCGAGGCAGGAAAUCCUCAGUCAGGAGAUUGACUUUGAGGGAUUCAAGGUGUUUAUGCAGACGUUCUUGGAGACUGAACUCCCAGAAGAGUUCUGUCAGCACCUCUUCAUGUCAUUUAGCAACAAAGGAUCAAAACUGAGUCCCACAUCUUCAGACAAGCCCAGAGUCUCAGGGCUGAAGCUGAUCAAAGGCAGCUCGACACCGCUGAAGGCGACCGCCGUGCCCAGGCCUCUGGAUGCAGUCCAACUUAAGGACAUCGUAUGCUACCUGUCAUUACUUGAGGGCGGACGUCCUGAGGACAAGCUCGAGUUUACGUUCCGCCUGUAUGACACAGAUGGAAACGGCUCUCUGGACAGCUUGGAGCUCGAGCACAUCAUCUCCCAGAUGAUGCAUGUAGCAGAGUACCUGGAGUGGGAUGUUACUGAGCUGAAGCCUAUCCUCCAGGAAAUGAUGCAGGAGAUCGACUAUGAUCACGACGGCACUGUGUCAUUGGAGGAGUGGAUCCAGGGAGGAAUGACAACCAUCCCACUGCUGGUUCUACUCGGUCUGGAGACAAACGUUAAGGAUGACGGCCAACACGUGUGGAGGCUGAAGCACUUUAACAAACCUGCUUACUGUAACCUGUGUCUCAACAUGCUAAUUGGACUGGGGAAGCAGGGACUCUGCUGCUCCUUUUGCAAGUAUACCGUCCAUGAGCGCUGUGUGGCUCGAGCUCCGUCGUCUUGCAUCAAAACCUAUGUCAAGUCCAAGAAAAACACAGAGGUAAUGCACCAUUUUUGGGUGGAAGGGAACUGCCCCACCAAGUGUGACAAGUGUCACAAAACCAUUAAAUGUUACCAGGGCUUGACUGGGCUUCACUGUGUGUGGUGUCAGAUCACGCUCCAUAACAAGUGUGCCUCCCAUGUGAAACCUGAGUGUGACUGUGGACCCCUGAAGGAUCACAUCCUGCCCCCCAGCUGUAUUUACCCCGUUGUACUGGAAAGGCAGUCAACACUGAGGAAAGACUCGCGGUCCAGCCAGUCAAGUCGAGGGAAGAUGCAGCGAGGCAACUCUGUCACAGUGGAUGGUCAAGGACUGCAGAUCACAACAAUAGAGGGCACUCAUCCUCUGCUAGUGUUUGUCAAUCCGAAGAGCGGGGGCAAGCAGGGAGAGCGGAUUUAUAGAAAGUUCCAGUAUCUUCUGAACCCAAGACAAGUGUACAACCUGGCCAAGAAUGGACCUAUGCCAGGGUUGAACUUCUUUCGAGACGUUCCUGAUUUCAGAGUGCUGGCAUGUGGUGGAGACGGCACGGUGGGUUGGAUACUGGACUUCAUAGACAAGGCCAACCUGGACCGGAACCCCCCUGUGUGCAUACUUCCUCUUGGCACGGGCAAUGACCUGGCAAGAUGUCUGCGAUGGGGAGGAGGCUAUGAGGGUGAGAGCCUCCUGAAGAUCUUAAAGGACAUUGAGAACAGCAUGGAGGUGAUGCUGGAUCGCUGGAAGAUCGAUGUCACACCCACAGACAAAGAUGAGUGUGGGGACCUGGUGCCUUACAGUAUUAUCAACAAUUACUUCUCUAUUGGAGUGGAUGCCUCGAUUGCACAUCGCUUCCACAUUAUGAGAGAGAAACACCCUGAGAAAUUUAACAGCAGAACAAAGAAUAAACUGUGGUACUUUGAGUUUGGCACUUCAGAGACCUUUUCAGCCACGUGUAAAAAGCUUCAUGACUUUCUGGAGGUUGAGUGUGAUGGUGUGACUCUGGACCUCAGCAGCAUCUCCUUGGAAGGCAUUGCCAUUCUCAAUAUUCCCAGCAUGCACGGUGGCUCCAAUCUUUGGGGUGAGAGCAAGAAGAGGAGGAGUAACCGGAAGGCGCUGAAGAAAAGCCAAGACAAGAGGACGCCAGUGGUAGAUCCCAAAGAACUCAUAUUUGCAGUUCAAGACCUGUCUGACCAGCUGUUGGAGGUGGUGGCCCUGGAAGGAGCUAUGGAGAUGGGACAGAUCUACACCGGCCUGAAGAGUGCAGGAAGGCGCCUUGCCCAGUGUUCUUCAGUGACCAUCAGAACCAGUAAAUCCCUUCCGAUGCAGAUAGAUGGUGAACCUUGGAUGCAGACUCCCUGCACUAUUGAGAUUGUCCACAAGAACCAGGCUCCAAUGUUAAUGGGACCACUGCAGAGUCGAAGCUGCUUCUCCUCAAUCAUAAGACGAACACGCAGCGAGAGCAAAGACUGAUCCGUCUCAGUCCAGGACCCAUGAGCCCUCACAUUAUUUGCGCAGCAAUGGUCACAAUGGGAACAUCAUGUGACUUCUUAGAGAAGAGGGUCUGUGAGGCCGGUUUGAAAGCCCAGCAAGCUUACAGUAGUAAACUGUAGAUUCAGUAUGUCACAAAGAGGAGCUCAUUUAAUCCAGAAAGUGGAACCAGUGGGAGUGAAGUUGUGAUCUGCAGUGAGUAGUGUCUUUUAGCUCCAAAAAUACUGAAGCUAUUUCUGGAUUCCAAUUCUAAAAAUGACAAUUUUUGUAAAAGCUGGUUUUUAGAUUUGCUGUUGUGAUCUGUGUCACAUGGAACAAACCCACAGUUGAAAUUGUUUUGUGAUAUGGUGUAUUUAUUUAUUCAUAUUCUGCUGCUGCUAUUGAUGUUUUGUAGUUGGGUUUUUUUUAUUUUAUUUUAUUUGCAUACCCCUGAUGCAUGAUGGACAGUGAAGACUGCCACUGAAGCUGACAUAUCUGGAUGUUACAGCUGAUCUUACCUAAGUGCUUUUUUAUGAAGUGCUUUUUUUUUCAACAAUUUUUUUCAUGAAUUGCUUCUUUACUUUUGUGUUGUUUGCAACUCAUCUUUGUCAUGUUUUGACACUGCUGUGUUGCUGCUCCGUUGGUGGGAAGAAGUGGAAUGAUUAUUGAGUGUUUAUU